CGAGUUGCGGCACAGUUCCUCCGCACGAGCCAGGCACGUUCCGCUCGCGCGCGGCGCCGGAACGACAAAGGGGUGCCCCCGUGAUGGCCGCCUCUCUGGCUGCCUCACCCUCCUUCCCGCCGCGCAACCACCCCUUCGCACGGAGCGUGCCCUUGGCGUUGCCGCGGCGAGGCGCGGCCCGCCGCACCCUCCCCGUCCCGGCGCACGCCGUCGGGGGCGGGGGCGGGGACGGAGGCGGCGAGGGAGGUGCGGGGAGGAUACUGGACCCGCUCGCCACGCCCUUGCAGGUCCUCGGCCUCGACGCCUCGGCCGGCUACUCCGCCGCGCAGCUCAAGGCCGCCUUCCGCGCCCGGGUAAAGGAAUUCCAUCCUGACGUUUGCAAGGACACAGAGAAUGCAGAUUUAAUAAUGAGGCGAGUACUCGAGGCCUAUGAGCUAUUAGUUACACUGCUUCGUUUCACGCAGAUGUUAUCUGGUAACCAAGGAAUGAUGAUUGAAAGGAACAAUAUUGACCCAUUUGAUGAACCUGAGUGUGAAGCUCGCGACAUAUUUGUCAAUGAACUUCUAUGUAUUGGCACUGGAUGCCCAUAUUCUUGUGUUAAAAGGGCACCUCAUGCAUUUGCAUUUGCAGAUGACAUUGGUACAGCUCGUGCAAUAUCUCAAGGUAAUGGUGAUGAUUACUCUGUCCAACUUGCUGUUGGGCAGUGUCCGAGAAAGUGCAUAUACUAUGUGACACCUUGCCAGCGUACUAUUUUGGAGGAAGUUCUUGCUAGCAUAUUGAUGACGCCAUGGGACCUCUCUGAAGCAGCAGUUCUGGAUUCGCUCACGUCAAAAGCAAUGUUUGAGAAUAACAGGUACUCGAAGCCCAAAAGAGAAGCAAAAUCAUCUUCUGACUAUGUUGAUUGGAUCUGAUCUGCUCCUGAAGAACAACCAAACACUGACAGUCUCAACCAAAUUGUUUAGUCGUAUGUUAUGAUGAGCAUAUUGUUGUAGUGUAGUGUGUAGUUGUAUAUAUGACAAGGCAAACCUUUUUCCUUUUGUCUGAAAUUGGCAAAGUAUACUGUUUGUUUUGUGUAUACCAUGGAACUGGAUGUGCGAGGAAAAAGGUCAGAAAUUCGUAGUGGGUUUCAAAGUGUGCGAAAA